AUGUACAACAUCCCACUCGUCACGGUGCUCAAAAACAGAAAAAACCGCUUUAAAUUGUUGUUAAUUUUGACCAUUGGUUUCGGAAUAUUUAUGUACAUCACUGAUUUGUCAUCGUUGUGGUUGCUACGAUUCUUUCGCGACGGAGAGCAUCGGAAAUGGAAAACCAUAGGAGAUCAAGAAAAUCAAUCAUAUUUCAUAGACACAGAGGGUUGUCGUAUGCCCAGUUUCAAGGUGUUCGACGAGAAUGUGGAAAAGUUCGUUUUUGAUGUUCCACCAAUUGAGUGUGGUAAGCCACUGGUUAGGUCAAAUAACAAUUAUCUGUGGAUCGAUUUAAGUGAGACUGAAAUAGAAAAAACAUAUGGGGUUGAUGACGUGAACAAACUGUUCUGUGAAUAUCAACCGUUUCGGCGUAAAACUGACUAUGAAAAUGAGUUCUCAAAAAUUAGAAGAGUGUUUCGAUUUGGUGAAUUGAUACCAGUACCCAACCAAUUUGUACGCGUUAUUUGCCGUUUAAAAGGUGAAAAGAAGGAAGUUUAUCGAGAUUAUCAUUUUUUAUUGAAAAACAAACAAGCAAACACCAUUCAGAGAAUUCGAGUAGAAAAUAAGACUGAAAAGGAUGAGGGCAAUGAACCGAUGAGCGUUAUGGUGAUUGGCAUCGAUAGCGUUUCGAGACUAAAUUUCCAUCGUCAAAUGGGCGAAAGUGCUGCAGUGUUGCUGAACGAUUUGCAGGCAAUCGAAAUGUUUGGCUUCAAUAAAGUCGCCGAUAAUACGUAUCCAAAUUUGAUACCAACGUUGACGGGGCUGGAUGAAAACGAAUUGAAUUCGUCUUGCGUUUCCAGCGAAAACGAUACAUUUGAUCGCUGUGAUUUCAUUUGGAACACAUUCAAAAAGAAGAAUUUCACAACAGCUUACGUCGAAGAUGCAGCAUCACUUGGUCUGUUUCAUUAUUACAAAGCAGGCUUUACAAAUCAACCGACCGAUUACAGUUUGCGUCCUGCGAUGGUAGAAAUGGAAUGCAACGAUAAGAAACCACAAGAUUUCAAUACAUAUUUGUGUCUGGGUAAACGGCGUACAUUUGAUGUUCUACUGGAAUAUGCACAGAAGUUCAUCACAUUGAUGGCAGACCGUUUACACUUUUCCUUCUUUUGGUCCACAUCAUACACUCAUGACUAUCUCAAUUUUCCCACGUUAAUCGAUGCCAAUCUGGCUGAAUUCUUGCUAGAGAU